UCCAGUCAAUGACGUCGCCGUUGACUUUUAAGUCUGUUGAUAAAAUAUCAAGACGUGCCCACAGGGACGUUAGGCUUUACAAACAUUGCUUCUGCAAGAAGGUAAAGGAAGUAGCUAAGCUAACAGUUUGACAUGAAUAAGCAGUUCACUUGGAGAUUUGCUUUCAAAGAAGCCAGCUACUGUUUUGAAACGUUUGAUAAUGUUAGUUUUAAUUGUCCAUACAUGGCUAGCUAGCUAGUUACAUAAGUUAACUGUUUGUUUUGCACACAUUGCCAAGGAAGACCCAAGUGCUCGCAGCUAACGUUAGCUUGCUCUGCAUGGCAUAUAACAACGUUACUGUUAUGCUAACGUUAGCUCGCAAGUAACAGUACAGUAGGACCGAAGAUACUGCUGGUAGAACUAGCUAACGUUACUAGCUAGCUAGCAUCUUUCCUAAGGUGUAGCGGUGGUUCAGAUAGAAGACCCGGAAAGGUACAGGAAGUGACGGUGCUUCCUUGUUGCCAUGGCGUCUGAGCUGCAGGAGGCGAUCUGCAUGGCCAAGCAGGAGCGUCACAAGAACCUGUUCCUCAACUACAGGAACCUGAACAACUUUCCGGUCGAGCUGCUGAAAGAUGAAGGACUACAGUUCCUACAGAGGCUUUAUAUGAAGAGGAACUCUCUCACCACGCUGCCGGAUAAUCUAGCACAGAAGCUCCCCAACUUAAUAGAGCUGUAUCUGCAUUCCAACAAUAUAACCUGUGUUCCUGAAGCUAUAGGUAACCUGUCCAGGCUGCAGUCUUUAGACCUGAGUGACAACGCUCUGCAAGUCAUCUGUCCAGAGAUCGGCAGGCUGAGGUCCUUACGACACCUGAGACUGGCCAACAACCAGCUGAAAUACCUGCCUCCAGAGAUUGGAGCCCUGUGUGACCUAGAGACCCUGGAUGUCAGUAGGAAUGUGUUGGUGUGUCUCCCAGAGCGGCUGCACCAGUGUCUGUCUCUCCAGUGUCUCACUGCUGACAGGAACAACCUGACCAGCUUCCCCAGACAGCUCUGCCAGCUCCACAGCCUCAACGAGCUCAGUAUGGCUGCUAACCAACUCACCUCUCUACCCCUAGAUUUGGGUCGUUCCAGAGAGCUGCAGUUUGUGUUUGUUGACAACAACGUCCACCUCAAAGGCCUUCCUUCAUACCUGUACAACAAGGUGAUUGGCUGCAGCGGGUGUGGUCUGCCAGGGCAGGUGUCUGACCGGGUGCCCCAGCCUCUGUCUCUGUCUCUGGGAGAUGUGUCUCUCCCUUUGCCUGCUGAGGUGAAAGCUAUAGGCUCAGAGACGGAGCGAGUGGGCCCCCUGGAGGAGCUCGCCAUGAGGGCCCUGCACAGCAUGUACGGGCGACAGCCAAUCAGAGAGCGGAGUCUGCUGCCCCCCUUCCUGUUACCCAGAAGCCUUCUGGACCUGCUCCAAUGCCCCCUGGGACAUUGUCACCGCUGCAGUCAGCCCAUGUUUACCAUCAUCUACCCCAAACUGUUCCCUCUCAGAGAGACCGCUCUGGCUGGGGUACACCGCAGAACCACAGUGAGUUUCGUGGCCUACUGCUGUUCCAGUCAGUGUGUUCAGACAUUUGAUCUGCAGCAAUGACAUCAUGGUGCCUCCACCUCUUCCUCUCCCCUUCGGUCAUCAUCUCCUCCUCUGGUCUCCUGGAUGAAUGAAUGAAGGAUGGAUGAAGGACUGUGGGAGUCCUGAACGUCUCAGGAGGACUUGCAUAGCCUCUGGACUGGUGGACAUGAGGAACUGACCAUCUCAGGAGGACAUGCAUAGCCUCUGGACUGGUGGACAUGAGGAACUGACCAUCUCAGGAGGACAUGCAUUGCCUCUGGACUGGUGGACAUGAGGAACUGAAGGUCUCAUGAGGACAUGCAGAGCCUCAGCAGCCUGUGACCAGUCCAGCAGUCUGUAAUGGGCAUGGACGGUCCAAUUGAAAGGUCUCAUGAGGACAUGCAGAGCCUCAGCAGCCUGUGACCAGUCCAGCAGUCUGUAAUGGGCAUGGACGGUCCAAUUGAAAGACGGACAAUAUUGGUAUUAAUAAUCCACAUCUUGACAUAUCAUCUACUGUCCAACGACUAACAUCUCUAAAUACAGCAUCAUUCUACUAAUGGUUUGUUUCUGGUUUCAGUUUGUUCCAGCAACAACUCAGAGCGUGUCGGUAUUUACUGGUGUGAACUAGCUGCUCUGUUCACCAGCCAAACGUCCACCUGACAGACGCAUCACAAUAACAAGAAGUGCCGAGUGUUUUUGUCUUUGUAGAGGAGAAUCUAUUCUGAUCAUUUCUAUGGAUUUUUACAUGACACUGGUUGACAAAAAGUGUUUGAAGAAUGUCAGUUCGGCCGUAUCGCAUGAUAUUUGUUCUAAACCUGUUCUAAAUAUGUAAUACUGGUAGGUGUGUUGCCCCCCCACUCCAGCCUGAAGGACUUUGACAAGAUAAUAGACACAUUUAGUUAUUGGGCGUUUCUUUUCCUGUAGACACAUCAGACUCUCAGACCUCUAACAAGUCUUUAAACUUUACAAAAUUGGUCUUUGAGGGUAAAAUAUUUUUUUAUUUUGCAAAAAAAGGUUAACGUCUGAAACAGUCUGGUAACCUGAAUGUUAAUGAAGGAUUUAAAACUAACUUUGUUUCCAUUCAGUUUGAUUGUGACUCAAAGCAACGCUUUGGUUCUUUAGCUGAAAACCAAAGGAACUGAAGCUCAUAACAGAAGUGUUUGGGCCCUACCGGACCAGACUUGCCAAUCCCGGCUGUAGGUCCAUGCAGCAGACUCUCUGUCUUGGCUAGACGGACUGAGAGACUGGGAUAGGAGGCAGCAGACUCUCUGUCUUGGCUAGACGGACUGAGAGACUGGGAUAGGAGGCAGCAGACUCUCUGUCUUGGCUAGACGGACUGAGAGACUGGGAUAGGAGGCAGCUUACUCUCUGUCUUGGCUAGACGGACUGAGAGACUGGGAUAGGAGGCAGCAGACUCUCUGUCUUGGCUAGACGGACUGAGAGACUGGGAUAGGAGGCAGCAGACUCUCUGUCUUGGCUAGACGGACUGAGAGACUCCGCCAGGGUUCUGUCGAGGGUUGAGACUCCGCCAGGGUUCUGUCGAGGGUUGAGACUCCGCCAGGGUUCUGUCGAGGGUUGAGACUCCGCCAGGGUUCUGUCGAGGGUUGAGACUCCGCCAGGGUUCUGUCGAGGGUUGAGACUCCGCCAGGGUUCUGUCGAGGGUUGAGACUCCGCCAGGGUUCUGUCGAGGGUUGAGACUCCGCCAGGGUUCUGUCGAGGGUUGAGACUCCGCCAGGGUUCUGUCGAGGUUUGAGACUCCGCCAGGGUUCUGUCGAGGGUUGAGACUCCGCCAGGGUUCUGUCGAGGGUUGAGACUCCGCCAGGGUUCUAUCGAGGGUUGAGACUCCGCCAGGGUUCUGUCGAGGGUUGAGACUCCGCCAGGGUUCUGUCGAGGGUUGAGACUCCGCCAGGGUUCUGUCGAGGGUUGAGACUCCGCCAGGGUUCUGUCGAGGGUUGAGACCCCGCCAGGGUUCUGUCGAGGGUUGAGACUCCGCCAUGAAUGUCUGAAUCUCACAACUCAAGAGGAAUGGUGAACAAAAUUAUAAUUUGCCUCAUCCCAAAUGGCCCCCUUUCUCCCAUGGGCCCUGGUCUAAAGUAGUGCACUGUGUAGGGAAUAAGAUGCAUCUUGAGACACAACCAGUAAGUGACAUUGGAUUAUAAAACCAGCAGCAAGAUGUCUAGAUGAGGAUUGGGUCUAUUGCCACUUUAUUUGUUUGGCUUUCUAUUGUUUAUUACAUUGUUAGAUAGUUAUUAUUAUAACAUUGUUAUAACUGUGAAUAUGAUUACUAUAUUGUAUAAUUUGUAAUCAAUUACUUUUAUUUUAAUGUCUGACAUUUUGCCAAUAAACAAUGUUUAACUUGA